AUGAGCCUUUCCGUCAGUCACAGCUUACAGGAUGAACUUCUGGCAGCCUUCCUAUUGGUUUUUGACUACAUUAGAGGUGUACUACAAACGGGGACUGGCACAAAAAGAGUGAAUGGUUUUUUAAAAAACAGCUUUGCACGUGUUGUAUGCCGGUGUCUGCCGAUUUUUUUUUCUAUUGCGCUCCUUAUAGUCACGACACUGCGAAUGGGAGUCUUAACCGGCAGGGGACAUCAACUGCCUUCCGUCAGUCGUUCAAAUGAGAUGAAAACGAAGUCCACAUCUAACACUAUUGACGCGCAGAACAACAUCAGCGGCACGAAUGGUUGUACGAAAUGUACCGGCACGUCAAUAUACAAUGAGGCUCGGCGGAACGCAGAAGCCUACUUUGCUCCCCAAAAUCAAACAAUGGAUGAUGGCUUUGAUGCAGACGGUCACGUGCAGAUGUGUCUCAAGGAUUAUUGUUCCUCUGAAUCACCAGAAGCGCAGAGCACUGAGGCUCACUGUCCAUAG